AUGUUUUAUUAUUUGCUAAUUAUUUUGCUAGUAUUUUAUAAAGAAUAUCAUAAAAUGCAAAAAAUAAUUUAGCCUAUUACAAUAAUCCCAUAUUAGUUUUUAUUUCUCACAUCUCACUUUAAUGAGAAUUACUUGGCAUGCUAUUUGUCAUUUAAGGAAAAGAUUGUUGGUUGCUCUAAUAUUAUUGAAGACAUGAAGAUAAGCUUCUAAGAGAUGAUGUAGAAGAAGAAUUUCUUAGCUCUACAUUAGUGCUUUCUUCAAAGUUAUUAAGUAAUUUAUUUUUUUUAUUUUUUUGAAUAAAAUAAGCAAUAACUAUUGUUAAAGUGUAAAGUAGCAUAACAAAAAAUGAUAUAUGCUAUAAAUCAUAAGGGUUAUAUCGUUUUGAGUGAUUAUCCUCUUGUUAAGAAUCCUCGCUAUAAUUAUAUUAAUGCAUUUUAUUAACUUAAUAAAUUGAUUUUAUAUUUUUUUGGUUAACUUUCAAUAAUUAGCUAGCUGAUCAAAAUCAAGUUUAUAUUUGAUAUUUUUGAUAUAAGAAAAAGAACGAAUAUAAAUAUCUUAAAAUUAUUUAAUGGUACUAAAUAGAUAAAUAAAUAUUUUUGCAAAAUAACAGAUGAUGUCAACCAAGCUAAAGUUAUAUUCAUAUAAUUUUAAGAAAUACAGUAAUUCAUGCUUGCUUGA